CACCGCUCUGGUGUGUCGUAGUAGUGGAAGUCUCAUGUACAUCCACUGUAUCAGGUCAUGGCGAUUGCUCGGUCACAGCAGGCGCUCUCCAUGUCCUUUAUCCUCAUUGAAUGGAUUUACUCUUGAGCUCCUGAAAGUGUCGUAUGUUGGCACGCGCACUGCAGCGGUCAGUUCUGCCUGGGCUGCUGUUGCAGGAAGAAGUUCGACCGCUGGCAUUGGAAGCUCCAACACACUGGGGUUGUUGCAGAGGUUAUUAGUAGUAACGUGCUUGUUUGUCCCCAGAAGAAACAGGAAGAUCUACUGGGGGACUUCUACAGUUGUACCAUCGAACACCAUGCCUCAUCCAAAGUCUGUAGACAUGGGCUCUGCCUUCAUCCAGACACAGCAGCUCAACGCUGCCAUGGCUGACACCUUCCUGGAACACAUGUGCCUGUUGGACAUUGACUCUGAGCCCACCACCGCACGCAACACUGGCAUCAUCUGCACUAUUGGACCAGCCUCCCGUUCUGUGGACAUGCUGAAGGAGAUGAUCAAGUCUGGAAUGAACAUUGCUCGCUUGAACUUCUCCCAUGGCACACAUGAGUACCAUUCAGAGACCAUCAAGAACAUCCGUGAGGCAUGUGAGAGCUUCGAGCCUGGUAGUAUCCAAUACAGGCCUAUCGGCAUUGCCCUGGACACCAAGGGCCCAGAGAUCAGGACUGGUCUCAUCCAGGGAAGUGGCACAGCUGAGGUGGAGCUGAAGAAGGGCAACAUGAUCAAGAUUACCUUGGACGAUGCUCAGCAGGACAACUGCAGUGAGGAGCUCCUCUGGCUCGACUACAAGAACAUUACCAAAGUGGUUGAAAUUGGCAGCAAGAUCUACAUUGAUGAUGGACUCAUAUCCCUGCAGGUCAAGGAGAUUGGUUCUGAUUUCCUCAUGUGCGAGAUUGAGAACGGUGGCACCCUGGGCAGCAAGAAGGGAGUGAACCUCCCCGGUGCUGCUGUUGAUCUGCCAGCUGUCUCAGACAAGGACAUCAAGGACCUGCAGUUUGGUUUGGAGCACGGAGUCGACAUGGUCUUUGCCUCCUUCAUCCGCAAAGCAGCCGAUGUACACGCUGUCAGAGCAGUGCUGGGAGAAAAAGGCAAAGACAUUAAGAUCAUCAGCAAGCUGGAGAACCACGAGGGUGUACGCAGAUUUGAUGAGAUCAUGGAUGCCAGUGAUGGCAUCAUGGUUGCCCGUGGUGACCUGGGAAUUGAGAUCCCCACAGAAAAGGUCUUCCUAGCCCAGAAGAUGAUGAUCGGUCGCUGCAACAAAGCUGGCAAGCCGAUCACAUGUGCCACUCAGAUGUUGGAGAGCAUGAUCAAGAAGCCCAGGCCCACCCGUGCUGAGGGCAGUGACGUGGCCAACGCCGUGUUGGAUGGAGCCGACUGCAUCAUGCUGAGCGGAGAGACUGCUAAGGGAGAUUACCCUCUGGAGGCAGUACGCACACAGCACAUGAUAGCACGAGAGGCCGAGGCGGCCACCUUCCACAGGCAGCUGUUUGAGGAGCUGAGAAGACACUCCCAGCUGACCAGAGACCCUUCAGAGGCUGUAGCUGUCGGUGCUGUCGAGUCUUCCUUUAAAUGCUGCGCUAGUGCCUUCAUUGUUCUCACCAAGACUGGCAGAUCCGCCCACCUGAUCUCCAGGUACAGGCCCCGUGCCCCCAUCCUUGCUGUGACCCGUAACGCCCAGACAGCUCGCCAAGCCCACCUGUACCGUGGCAUUUUCCCAGUCCUCUACACCAAGCCCGCCAACGAUGUGUGGGCAGAGGACGUCGACAUGCGCGUCAACUUUGCCAUGGAUAUGGGCAAGGCCAGAGGCUUCUUCAAAGAGGGAGACGUUGUUAUCGUCUUGACCGGCUGGCGUCCAGGCUCUGGUUACACCAACACCAUGCGUGUGGUUCUGGUAGCUUGAACAGCCAACAGGGCUGCUCUGCUUUCUCCUUCCACCUUCAUCUAUCUUUCAUAGCUCUUCAACUCACAAUCCACUCCAGCUCACAGCCUUUCUCAUCCAACAACCGGGCUGACAAAAGUCAUCCCCUGAACAAUUUAGGCAAUAAUGCAAAGAAAUUAAAAAUAUAGAGUAUAGCCUUCAUGGCCACAGAGCUGUUUUGGGUGGGAGUGAAGGCUUGAUCCCUACAAUUCCACUUUACGUCUCCAUUCCUUUCACGUCGAUUCUCUCAAUCAAACCAGUCUGCAGGGCCUCAGAUUAAUACACCCUGACCAGAAACUGCUGUAUUUAUUCACUCAAAAACUUGUAUUAUUAAAAGUGAACCAGUCUGAGAGUGAAUGCAUCCUGGUCUGUGUGCAUGCGCAUACUGGCUCUUGUUUAGGCGCGAUUGGUGGUGGGGCAGGCUGAUCUUAACAGAGCACCUUUUGAGUUCUGGAACAGUUACUAAUCGCACUCCUCUGCAGAUAUAACGAACAAACUUGUGGCAUCCUAAAUCAAAGGGCUUGCAGUGCAGCCUUGGCUCCACCACUCCACCCAAACAGGUCCUUGUAGUGCUGUCUGUAUGAAGUGUCCUCCCCUAAUGCCAGCUGUAUUUAAGUGUAUCUUUAAGUGUUGCACUCCUAAUCUAUUCGACACAAUGUUAGAUUCAAUAUUAUACUUGACUUUUGUGAAUGGUAAAGUUUUGUUUUGGGACGUCCAAUACUACUUAUAUUUUGUCUGACUAUAGAGAAAUGUUAGUUUUGGAUGUCCACUUUGGAGGUGUUUGAGCUAGUUACUGUAUUUGUGUUAUUAGAUGUGUCUUAAAGCCUUUUAUUUGCAUUUGGAUCAUAUCUGAGUUGGCCCUUAUGAAUCGUGUGGUUCACUAAAGUUGACUGAUAUGAAAGAGCACUUUUAGGGGGGUUUCCACAGGGACCCUCCUGAGAAGAUGAAGCCCUGUCCCUCUCAACCCCAGUGGGUGAUGGGUAGAACCCCUUCUGCUUCUCCUUUUAUGUUAGUGAACCACUGUAGCUGUCUUCAUGUCUAACAUGCUUUGGAUUGUAACGCUUGAGUGUAAGAACUAACUAAAUGUAAAGGGGUAUUCUAAUGUUUAGUGGGUGUACUGAGCUGUCCUAAAAGGCUGGAUUUCCAUCAAUAAAAGAGAUGAGCACUUAUCUUAA